CAUUGGCAGUAUCAAAAGUCGGUAGAUAUAAAAAACGUAAUCGCAAUCGUGUUCCCCAGUUGUUUACCAAACGUGAACGCAGCCGGAGAUUAGUGGACGGAAAACCCGGGAAAAAUGGCACUCAAGUUUGCAGCGAAUCUAAACUUUCUUUUCACGGAGAGAGCGGCUACGAUCGCGGAGCGGAUUCGUCUGGCCCACCAAAGUGGAUUCCGGGCUGUAGAGAUCCCCUAUCCCGAGGGCGAGACCGGCGACGUGGUGGCCGCUGUUAAGGAGACGGGCAUUGUGGUCAGCCUGGUGAAUCUGGCCUUUGACAAGACCAACGAUCAGCUGCGUUUCGGCUCCACCAGUGUGCCGGGAUCGGAAAAACUGUUUCGUAGCCAGCUGGAUGCCACCAUUGAGUUCGCCCGCCAGGUAAACUGCGGCAAGAUUCACCUCACAGCCGGACUAUUCAAGGGCGGACAGGAGAGCGACUAUACGAAGACGUACACCUCGAAUCUGAAAAUCGCCGCCGAUAGCCUCAGGGCGAAGCAGAUGAUCGGCGUGAUAGAGCCAAUUAACAAGUAUGCCGUGCCCGGUUAUUUCAUGAACUCGUAUGCCAAAGCCGCUGGAGUUCUGGCCGCUGUUGGCUCUGACAACAUCCGGCUGCUGGCCGAUCUCUACCAUCUGCAGCACCUGCACGGCAACGUGUCCAAGACGCUGGAGGAGUACAAGGCCCUAAUUGGUCACUUCCAGAUUGCUCAGGUGCCGCAUCGUCACGAGCCCGAUGUUUCUGGUGAACUGGACUACAGCUAUGUCUUCAAGGCCCUCCAGGAGUUCGGCUACGAUGGCUGGGUGGGCUGUGAGUACAAACCCAAGACGACGACCGUGGAGGGCUUGAGCUGGGUGACCAAACUGGGCUACACACUGUAAUCAUCGGAUCACAAGAGACACUAGGGAUGGCAUAGCAUUUAUAAUGUAUUUACACUUUUUACAAACAUAAAACUGGUUAAACCAA